UGACCAAUCAGCGUGUGAGUGCCGCUCCCUGUUCGCUGAAGCUGCUGUAGAGCGACAGACGUCCGUUUUGUUCGUCGGUUCCAGAGAAACGAGACGUUUCCGCUGCUGUUGUUCUGUGUCUGUAGUUGAGCGGAGAAUCCGGGAGUCGGUUCCCUCCUCCGCUGUGUUUACUGAGUGAAGAGGGGUCGGUGACUGUCCCGGUCGGUGACUGUGCUUGUUCCCCGCCCUGCUGCGCGCUCCUGCGGGUUGAAGAGAUAAAACACCGCGAAUCAGAAGAGAUGGCGAAGGACUGUAUCUCGAAGGUGGAGCUGAGCAUCUCCUGCUCGAACCUGCUGGAUAAAGAUGUCGGGUCGAAGUCUGACCCUCUGUGUGUGCUGCUGCAGAGCACAGGAGGAGACAAAUGGACUGAGCUGGGUCGAACUGAGAGGUUGAACAACACCUCCAGUCCGUCCUUCAGUCAGCGUCUCAGGCUGGACUAUGCCUUUGAGACGGUUCAGAAUCUGAAGUUGGGCGUGUACGACAUCGACAACUCCUCCUCUGACCUCAGCGACGAUGACUACCUGGGUGGUGUCGAGCUGACACUGGGACAGAUUGUUUCCAGUAAAAGUGUGAGUAGACCUCUGCAGCUGAAGAAAGGCAAACCGGCAGGGAAAGGAACCAUCACGGUCACAGCGGAGGAGAUUAAAGACAACAGAGCCAUUACGUUGGAGUUUGAGGCUAGAAACCUGGACAAGAAGGACACGUUUGGGAAGUCUGAUCCAUUCCUGGAGUUUUUCAAAAAAGGAGACGAUGGAAAGUGGCAGUUGGUCCACAGAACAGAGGUGGUGAAGAACAAUCUAAAUCCCAGCUGGAAGAAGUUCUGCAUUCCUCUGCAAACGUUCUGCUGCAGCGACCUCGAGAGGCCGCUAAAGGUGGAUUGCUCCGAUCACGACAGCGAUGGAACUCACGAUCUGAUCGGUUCUUUCACCACCAAAGUCUCGGAGCUGCAGAAAGCAGGGCAGGGUUCACCGGUGGAAUUUGACUGCAUCCACCCGGACAAACAGAAGAAGAAGAAGAGCUAUAAGAACUCUGGAGUCGUCUCUCUGAAGAACUGCAAGCUGGUAACCCAGUACACCUUCCUGGACUACGUGAUGGGCGGCUGCCAGAUCAAUUUCACCGUGGGAGUCGACUUCACCGGCUCUAAUGGGGAUCCUCGCUCGCCCAACUCUCUCCACUACCUGAGCCCAGACGGGCUGAACCAGUACCUGUCGGCCCUGUGGUCUGUGGGUCUGGUAGUCCAGGACUACGACACUGAUAAACUCUUCCCAGCAUUUGGUUUCGGAGCCAAACUUCCUCCAGACUUCACGGCGGCCCACCACGAGUUUGCGCUCAACUUCAACCCCACUAACCCGUACUGCCAAGGUGUCGAGGGGAUCAUUGACGCCUACAGGAAAGUUUUACCUCAGCUCAAACUGUCUGGUCCCACAAACUUUUCUCCCCUCAUCAACCACGUCGCCUCCAUCGCCACCAGCGGCGCACAGGCCAACAAUGCCUCUCAAUACUUUGUCCUCCUCAUCCUCACUGACGGGGAGAUCACCGACCUCGACCAGACCCGGGACGCCAUCGUACGGGCGUCACGUCUGCCGCUGUCAAUCAUCAUUGUGGGGGUGGGGCCAGCGGACUUCAAGGCCAUGGAGCUCCUGGAUGGAGACGACGGUGUUCUGAAGUCAACGGUGGGGGAGGCAGUCGCCAGGGACAUCGUUCAGUUUGUCCCGUACAGACAGUUCAAAGACGCUCCCAAGGAGGCUCUGGCUAAGUCCGUCCUUGCUGAGGUCCCCAACCAGCUCGUGUCUUAUUUCAAGAUGAGGGGCCUUGAUCCACCCAAACCUAAAGCUGCAGACAAAGCUUAAAACCCCAACACGCCCCCCCCAACCUUCACCUGCCUGUAAUCCCCACAUCGCCCAAGAAGCAGAUUUCAUUCCCGGCUCGGACCGAUACCAACCCUCUGCUCUGCCCCCCCCAACUCAUAAAGUCCAGCACUCUUAAGUCUUUGGAGUCUUAGCCAAUCACCAGGCAGGAUACAGCUGUCAGCCAAUCAGGGUGCCCGGGGGAAAAAAACACUCCAGUUUCCUGUCUUAUUUUGUAUCAGCUUGAUAAUCAUUAGAUUCUCUUAGAUAAUAGUAGAGAUUAUAGAUUUAUUCCUUCUGCUGCUUCCACGCCAACUAUGCAGAUCACGUGUGCACUUACGUGUCAAAGAUAUCAUGGAGCCGCACACACACACACAUGCACACAGUUUCACCGUGUCACCAGAUUUAAUUAUUGUUGCCAUAUUAACAGUAGAAAGACACUGAUCUGCUUAGAGCUGAACAAGUCAAAACCAUAAAGGAGAACUUGACUUCAUACAAUAAUUGUUUUAAUAACCACUCGUUGCAUUGGUGACACUCUGCACUAACAGUGUGUGCGGCUCUGAUUAGCCUUAUUAAUUAGGUAUCAAUACUUUGCACUUUGGGUGUUGAACUGAAUUCUUGAAACUAUCUUUAUGAAUGAUAUUCACUUUAACAUAGCUUUACCAGCGUAGCCUUAUUAUAGACUUUACUAAAGACUCAUAGACUAAGAUGUCUAUUUGCCGCUCAGCUGCUUCAGCCUGAACAUAUCUUUACUUCUGUAUCUAUUCUACUAUCGACCAGUAACCUGUGUUUCCUAAAGCAGGAGUCUCCCUCGUUUGACCAGGAAAGAAAACUCAUGUUUUGUAUGUUACAAAUUCAUUUAGAAAAUAGCAAAAUUCUAACAAUCUAACAAAAAGGCUUUGAAUUAAUGUUGUAGACCGUGCGUGUUCAUUUUGACAAUCGAAAUGGAAAUUUGAACAGCAAAAAAGAAAUCAGAGGACGCACAAGAAGGGAUUUGGAUAAUCCAAGAGGACCACUUUGUUGACCACAUGUUGUUUUGAUGCCAAAUAGCAGCAGAUUUCAAAGGUGAAAGUUUCUCUGCCCAUGAUGAACUUUGUUAUUUGUUUAUAGGUGCCAAAACCUUGUUUUACCUUCUGUUUUCAUGUGUUUUUUAUUUGUCAAAACAAAGUUUCACAUCUGGCCCAAAAAUUUGUACUUUUAAUUUUACCAAUGUUUCCAGAGUUUCCGCGCAAUAUUACAGAGCUAACGACCUCCCUUGCUUACAACUAUCUGCUAUUAACCAACCAGUAUAAUAAACCAGCAUGAGCAGUGAUAUAAUGUCUGUAUGGCCGCUGACUGUGGGAAUGCAACAAUAAAACAACUUUGGUAUAGAAAAA